AUGGCUGCUCCCGAGGCCGCGGCCCAGGACAGAGUCUUCCGUACAGCAGGGCUGCCUACAGAGAGCGAACCGCAACCGCUUCCGUCCAGAUACCGGAAGUUUCCGUUUAAAACGGAGGCGGCAGACCCGCUCGGCGGCGCGGCGGUUGAAGCUGAGCAUCUUCUGAACGAGAGCGACCAGGACCGCGGGCAGGAGCAGCAGGCGCCUGGGGCCCAGCCGUGCCGCCUCGUUACGAUGACCAGUGUGGUUAAGACCGUGUACAGCCUGCAGCCCCCCUCUGUGCCGAGCGUCGGCCUUCCCGCAGACACACAAACUCGAGCCACUUCUAAGAGUCUAUUACCUGUUAGGUUCAAAGAAGUUGAUGUUCCCAGACAUCUUCAUUCAGGAGGUUCAGAGAAUGAUGUUAUGAAAAUCACCAAACCAAAACGAGAGAAUGGGCAGAUGAAAGUUGCAGACACUGCCACCAGGAGGAAUGUCAAAAAGGGGUGA